AAUGAUGCCACACAAACAGGAACAGCUUGCAAACUCACAAUGGCAGCAUCUUCACUAAGUAUCACUGACGACUUGGAAGCACAGUUAACUUGUGCUAUUUGUAAUGACAUCUUUACUGAUCCAAGGACACUAGUUCCGUGUCUACAUACUUUCUGCUUCAACUGCAUCAAAAGUUGGAACGAAACUUGCGAGAAAGCAGGAAAGAGGUUGAGAUGUCCAACUUGUAGAUUAGUCGUGAACAUCGAAGGAGGUGACAUCUCGAAGCUUCCCUCUUCAUUUCAGUCCAACUCGCUUCUUCAGCUAUACCAAAAGUGUAUCGCAAAAUCGCACUGUAGCCAUGACAAGGUUAAGACUGAGAAAUUAACAGAAGAUGCUAAAAAGCUUAUCAGGGAAGACAUGAAUCGCUUGAAUGAGCUGAUUGUUGAAUACAGGAAAGAGCUAGAACUAUCCGACGAGAACAUGAGAAGAAUUCAAAGUGAGACUGACACAGAAAAGGCAAAAGUACGUAAUAACACACGAGCUUUGAUGAAGAUUUUACAAGAUCACGAUAAUACUUCAAUUGCUAUCUUAGAAAAAAACCUUGUGGAGCAAAGAAGAGCAAAUGAGGAUGAGAAAAGUGAAGUCAACGCACACAUCCAACAAAUCUUUGAAUUGAAACAUCAGUUUGAAAAACUAAUGUCUGAAAAACAAUUUCGAUCAGAAGACUAUGAGAAUUUACAAGUAAUUUGUAAAGCUAUCUUACAAAACAAAUCCAUCUUAUCGACCAAACCUGUCAAGCGCAACUCAAGCCUGUGUUACAAACCCAACCCGGAAGGAAUUUCUUUUAUGGAAAAUCUGAAGUUCGGUGAGGUGGUGGAAAGCGUGACAGAUCCGUCACGCUGUUCUAUCGAGUCUGUAAGUAACGUCAGAUGUGGUUUUAUCAACGAGUUUAGAAUCGUGACAAGAAAUUCAGAAGGGAAUGUAUGUUAUACCAAUAAAGGUUCAAUUGAUGUACAAAUCCAAGAUGUCGACGGUUAUGAUGUACAGAAAGAACUGACCGAGACUGAAACUGGCAGAUUCUUGGUAAAAUAUAGAGCAGAGAAACCUUCACCGUACAAAGUUGUAGUAAGUAUUGGAGGAGAAGAGAUCAAAAACUCACCACAGAACAUUGAGACAAUCGAUGCUAAAGCAGAGUUUAAACCCUUGAGAUUAAUUGAUUUGAAAGAGAUGUCCGAACCAAUUGCACUUUCUGUAAGUGAUACUGGAGAAAUAGCUGUGCGCAAUGAUGAUGAUGAAAUGGAGGAUUUCAGCGUAAAGUUGUUCAGUGCUGAUGGAGAGUAUGUUCGAGAGAUUGGUGGUACAGGAUCUGGACAUGGUCAACUGAGUUGUCCAUUUGGAGUAUUCUUCAAUGGAGGCCAAAUACUUGUCAGCGACAUUGAUCCAGAUAAUAAGCUCUGUGGCUGUAUAAAGGAAUUUGAUAUCAAUGGUACUUACAGCAGAACUCUUUGUAAACAACCUAAAGGUAUUGGGAUCACGGGAAUGUGCAAAGUGAAUCAAAACUACAUGGCGUAUUUGAGCCAUAAUGCGGACACUAAAGACACAUUUAUAAAGUUGUUUGCUCAACAAAAUGGUGAUCAUCUUACUGACAUCAAACUAGAUGUUCCUAAUGGUGGCCAUGGGAUCCCUUUUUAUUUAGACUAUGAUAACAAUAAGUACUUUGUAAAGUUUUUAGAUAUGAACACUACUGUUUAUGUUUUUAACGAGGAUGGUCGUCUGUUGUACAGUUUUGGAGAGAAAGGUAACACAGAUGGCCAGUUUGAUGGUGUAAGUGGACUUGCCGUGUUUGGUAAAGAAAUGCUUCUUGUUUGUGAUUAUAGUAACAACUGCGUGCAAGUCUUCAGUCAAGACGGUCAGUUCAUAAGGUCCUUUGGUAGCUUUGGUUCAGGUCUUGGUCAAAUGGAUGGUCCUAUUGAUGUUGCUGUAACUCCAGAUGGUCGAGUAUUGGUACUUGAGUGUAAGGGGAACCGAGUUCAAGUUUGGAGAUAUUUUUUUCGAAAUAAUAAAAAGUUGACUUUUAAUCCUUAGACUGACGUAUUGUAAAAACCAGCGUACAAAUAAGAACCUGUCUUGGAAGUUAAUCAGUUCUAUUUUGUUCUUGUUUGGCAAGUGUUUCAUUGAAAAGCUUGCUUUAAGCGUUCUUGUAAUUAAAAGUUUUUUCCAGGCAUACAGCAAUUUCUGAAAACGUUGAAAUGAAUUCUUUAUUCUGAACUGUAAAUUCCAAGACCGCAAUGCAUUGAUACAAAACACUUACAUUAUGCACCUUAUAAAAUGAUUAAUUCUAAAACUAAUUGCCCUAGUUAAUUAUGACGUCACAUCAAAACAUUCUAUUGUUUUAACGCUAAGGAUUAUGGUCGCCAGAAGGGAUCAGAGUGA